AUGUCGACCGACUCAAAUCUCGGUUAUGGUAUCAGUAUUUCAGGAGGCUCAAGGUCAACCCAGUCUCUAGGGACGAGCAGAGUGACACCCUCGCGUAGUGCUAAUCAUGAGGGAAAGGAGAACAAGGCCUUUUCAAUGAUAUCCCCAAAAAAACUAAUCAACAAGUUGUCAAAAAGCAGUGUUUCUAGCAACAACACCAGCUCCUCUAACCAUGACUCAUUUGUUGAUAGAAAAUAUAAAAUUGAAAUAGAAAAUUCGUUCUCGGAUAGAUCUGUGUCGGAAGUUGACCUUCUGGAGGAUUCGUUGGAUACAACUGAGGGUGACUCUGGUGAGAACUUGGUUUCGACCCCAACCCAGGUUACUUUGAGACCAAAAAGAGGUAAUUCACAGGAUAGGAAUGAGAAUAGAGUGCUUAAAGAAAAGGAGACUGCUGUUAGGGAAUCUCAGCGACAUACGGGCUUUUUCACAGAAAGCAUGUUGUCCCCUUCUGACGGCUCCAGACAGGAUACUUCUGAUUCUCCGGGCUCCAUAUCGAUUCCAACGGCGGAACUCUCUAAAAAGAAUCUUUCUGAUGUAUCUAAAUCCACAUCUGAAAACUCACAUAACAGGAAAUGGGAAGCUAGGUCCUCAUUACUUCCAGAGAAUUUGUCAUCCAUUCAUCUAGAUGAUUCCCCAAUAGAGAUAUAUGAAGACGCAGAAGAAAUUAUAGACGAAACUGUUGAAGAGCCACGGUCAUCAAUUCCACUACAGAACGAAUGGGAAAUGGAAGAUACGAUACUAGAGGGCAGACUUGUACAGUCUGCAUCUGAUCCCGUGAUAACUUCAAAUGACAUUAGUAAAGAGCUACGCAAAUCAAUAUCUACGCCAGCCUUAACACACAGUGACCUAGUAGACUUUCGUAAAGUGAUACCAGGCAGUUCUCAUUAUCACGUUUUUACAGAUCCUAAAUCUCCAUUCACCGAGGAUCCCUCACAGUUGGCAUAUCAUAAGAUCAGAGACCGAAAUUUUGAUGCCCACUAUUCAACCGAUCCCAUUCGGUUGAGUUCGGGAUCGAGCUCUGAGGGAAGUGACGAGAAGAAUUUGUUGCUGGGCAGCAGAAAACCAUCGGACCCUUACAGAUUACCAUACGAGGAUGAAGACGGAUACAGGUUCUGGACCAAGACACCACUCAACCGAGAGUGCCCCAAGAGAGUCGCCCUCUGGCUAUUAGUAGGAGCCAUUCUGGCUCCCCCGGUAUGGAUCAUGAUGUACGUUGGCUUCUUGGAUUCCAGUGUGGGACGCCUUCCACCUAAGUACCGAGUAAUUAGUGGAGUGCUUGCACUAAGCAUGAUCAUCCUCACGGCGAUGGGAAUUGCUGUAGGGUUUGCAUACGGGCUGAAUAAUAGAUAG